AACACAGCUCGGCGGCUCUUUGGUUCAUAGUGCGUGUUCGGUUCCUUAUGGCUAAAAGAACGAAGAAAGUCGGUAUAGUUGGGAAGUAUGGUGUCAGAUAUGGCGCUUCUUUAAGAAAAACCAUCAAGAAAAUCGAAGUUAGUCAGCAUGCUAAGUAUAACUGCAGUUUUUGCGGAAAGGAAUCUUUGAAAAGAAAAGCAGUUGGUAUAUGGGAAUGUAAGGCUUGCAAGAAAGUGGUCGCCGGAGGUGCUUAUGUUUGCAGCACAACUGCUGCAACCACCAUUCGAGCAGCCAUCAGACGUCUGCGUGAUGCCCAUGAAUCAUGAGCUGUAUAUAUCAUAGUAAUAAAGGUCUCCUUUGUGAAA